AAUUCGCAGUGCUCACGCGUGUUUGGGAAAAGUAACAAUUCCUAGAAAUCACCCUAGACUCGUGGUGAGAAAUCGCGCAUCCUUAGUCAAAUUCGAAACUGUUGCCGUUUUCGCCGAGGUGACGAACGUAAACGAUAUUUUUGCUACGUAGGAGAACGAUCGAAACGAAAAUAUCAACAGUGGAUUAUUUACGCACAAUAUUAACCGUGUUCGAGAACCGCCGAGCGACUCGACACGCACUUCAGCUUGCCUGUUUGAGCACCGACGUAGAAAUUGUUAAUAUGGCAGACGUUCGUGCCUUCAGUGUUGUUUAAGUUCUCGUAACUGCGAGUGACAAAACAGUGGGUCCUGUUACUGAAGGGCAUUGUGAUGUGUAUGGAAUCCUGAUCGCUGCGCGCCCCGACGUCUACGUACGAGCUCGCAGUUUAACGCGCACGAGAGAAGAGUGACAGUUUACAGCCGCUUCAUACGGAAUCGCGCGACCCCCUCGCCGAGGUCCACCAACACCACCAGCCGAACCACCGAUCGAGAGUCAACAUCGACAGCGUUUUCGCGUGUGUGCUUUUCCUUUGUUUUUUUUUUAAACAUUCGUCCACUUUGUUUAUCGUCGUGAGCACGAUGGGACUCGUCGCAUCGUGAUACGCACAGCUGGUGGCGCUUGUCCCAGAUUUGUUUGCAUCUCUGUACUGCAUUUUAAUGUAACUAUUAUCAAAGUUCUGUGAUAAAAAAAGAGAUUACAAAUAGUCAUAUAUUUGUCAUGGAUCAUUGGCGAUUCCAUGAAAUUGAAGAGUUUACGAGUGUUGUACUAGAAAAAAGAUAAGUGAAUGUGCUAAACAAGCUUGCGGAACAAGAGUGCUUUGUGGUGUGCCUGUUUCUGGGCAAAAACAUUUUUCUAAUAGUAGUGCCAUCGGGCUAUGGCCAAUUUGAACUUUGAACAACCACGCAGUAUUGCGAACGCAAGUCUCACUUCACGCGCAGCUGGCGGCGGAGGUGCUUUGAACACGUCGACCCUUGCGGGUCAUGUCACGCCCACCUCGGGCAUGUUCUCAGGCUCGUCUGCAAGCACCUCGAGUACAGCGAAUACAGCGAUAGUUGCUACUAACGUUUAUCCCGGAGCGUCGGGCUCUGGCGGCGGACAGAAUAGUCACCAGCAACAGCAGCAACUCUCUCCUAUGGGCAGUAGAGGACUGUUUGGGCAGAGAGCUUUUACUGACAGACGUACGAUGCCUGCUCUUGGUCAUCUCCAUCUGUAUUGCAGAGCUUCAAAUCCAAUGGGUAGUAUGGGCAGUUUCGGAAUACCUCCAAGUCGUAAUUACGGAUCUCAAGGUGCGGUUAACAAUUUCCACUCUGUUUUUGGGAGUGGAGGUGGAGGAGAUACGAGUACUCCUCCUCUGUUAGAUCUCUCGGAGUUUCCCUCCCUAACAAAUAGAGGUCAAGGUGAUUCUAUGCCGCAACCUAGUCCCAUGCCUGGGAAACAGCCUUAUGUUGGAAUGGUGAAGCAACCAACAUCCGAGUCGAGCGAAUUUACUAUGAGCUCGGAGGACUUUCCUGCAUUACCGGGUACGCAAAACCGAGAAGGUCCAUCGCCCGGUGGCAGUGUGUCUGGUGAUAAGAAUAUACCUGUAGGAUUAGGUCCGGAGAUCGGACAGGAUGUGUUGCAAGCCAACAGAGCUCCUGGAUCUGAAAAAUCUCAGUCUUCUAAAAGAGGCAUCCAAACAUCGCCCGAUGGCAAGGUGACGAACAUACCUGCAAGUAUGGUGAAAGAUCAAUUUGGCAUGGUUGGGCUUUUGACGUUUAUUAGAGCAGCGGAAACGGAUCCGAAUUUAGUGUCACUGGCAUUAGGCCAAGAUCUUACUGCGUUAGGACUGAAUUUGAAUUCGCCGGAAAAUCUUUAUCAGAAUUUUGGUGGCCCCUGGGCAGAAACACCCUGUCGACCGCAGGAUAUCGAUUUUCAUGUACCACCGGAGUAUCUUAUAAAUGCUGCUAUCAGGGAUAAGUUAGCACCAGUUAAAUUAAAUCGAUAUAAAGACGAUCUACUAUUUUAUAUGUUUUAUACAAAUGUUGGGGAUGUAUUGCAAUUAGCUGCGGCGGCGGAAUUGUACAGCAGAGAAUGGCGAUAUCAUAUGGAGGAAAAGGUUUGGAUAACGCAGGCGCCAGGUUUGGGAAUUGUAGAAAAGACAUCGACAUAUGAACGUGGUACUUAUUAUUAUUUUGAUGCGCAAAACUGGAGAAAGGUAGCUAAGGAAUUCCAUUUGGAUUACACAAAACUAGAAAGUAGACCUCAUCUUCCCGCGAACUUUCACCAAACUCAGCCUUGACUACAGACUUGUCUGCAGACCAUUGUGCUGUCUUUAAGCUGGAAACGAAUCAGCUAUUGUAUAAAUGAACAAAUUUAAUAAUCUUUAAUAAAAACAUAAAAUUUGAAGA